ACCAGGAGGAAAUAUAUAAGAGGGAUCUUCUAGCAUCGACAGAAAUCCCGGCAGAGUAUAUUGAUCCAACUUCCAUAGAUCUCACUCCCUUGGUCAAUACGUUAAUUCAUUCAACACAAUUAGGCUCAAGUCAGCUCUUCUCUUUGUUGAGUGUGACCUCACACAGCUCCCUGGCUCUUCACAAGCUCACUCUACUGGUCUAUAACAUUUCUAAUUUCAGAAGUAUCGCAGACAACAUGUUUCCAAGAAGGUAUUGCUAUUGUGUAACAAACGAGACAAACGACUUAACAGACUUCACUGCCAUAUUGUUGGAUGUUAUGGGAAAUUCCACAAGCUAUCUACAAGAGCUAUUCAAAUCUAGCUCCAUAUUAUCAGUGAGCCAAAAUAAUAUUUCUGACUGCAUAUACAUCUGUGUAAUGGCAGGUAAAUCAGAUAAAUACCUGUCUCAACUCUGGGAAGUUGACUCCAUCAUGCCUCUGUUCAAUCAGACCAUUACAGAAAGCGCACCUAAAGGUAACCAUUCUGUCAAUUUUGAUCCGUCCCUAACCAGUAGAGUCCACUCCACUGCACAUGUAUCUUCCACAGCCUCAGAAAUGACCUCUACAGCUCCACCGACCACAACCAGUAGAACCAGAACCACAUCCUUCUUGACCUCAACAAGAGCUCAACCCACCACAACCACACCCUCACCGACUACAAAGACCAGAACCAGAACUACAGGUCGACCAACCUCAAUAUCAGUUCCUCAUACCACUACAAGCAGAACUACAGUCCUAAUGACCCCAACUACAGCCCUUCCGAUCACAAUCACAGCCCAACCAACCAUAACCAAAGCCCCACCGUCCACAACCACAGCCCAACAAAGUAGAUCUACAGCCCUACCAACCACAACCCAAUCAACCACAGACCGACCAACCACAUCUACAGCCCUACCAACCACAGCCCAACCAACUACAGCUUUACCAAUCCCAGCCCUACUGCCUAAAACUACAGUCCUACCCACCACAACCACAGCCCAACCAACCACAACUACAGCUCUACGAAUCAUGACCACAGCCACGCCAACUGCAGCUCAACCAAUUCCAACCUCAGUGCAACUGACCAAAGUCCCAUCAUCCACAACCACAGACCAACUGACCACAACAGCUCAACCGACUACAACCACACCACAACUGACCACAGUCCAAGUGACGACAACCACAACCCAACUGACCACAACCACAGACCAACCAACCACAGCCUUGCCACCCACAAUCAGAUUCCGAAUGACGACAACCCCAGUUCGACUUACUAUGACCACAACCCCAUCGACCAUAACCGCAAUCCUGAUAACCGCAACCAAAGCACAACCAACCACAGACACACCAGCCACAGGCCAAGCUAUGACAACCACACCACAAUUGCCCACAGCCCAACAAACUACAACUACAAUACAACUAACUACAACCACAGCCCCAUGGACCAUUACCAAUAUAACCACGACCGCAACCAGAGUGAUCACCAAAGCACCCAUCACAGAGAAACCAGGCUGCCCAUGGAGAAGGCCUGGCUUGGCCAAAAUAGAAGAGCGGCGUGACAACUCCAUUACUAGCAGCACCACCACUGUGAGUGCUCACAAGCUACAGCCCUGCGUACUCGAGCUCUGCAAGUUCUUCUCCCAGUGCCUCUGCCACUCCUACAGCUACAAGACUCACAUGAAGAGGUAUUGUGCUGAUAGUCACCUGUGGUAUGAGAAACAUACCUUUGAGGUGUGUAGACGGGUCAGAAGAGUCUCUUUCUCCAGAAAUCUAAAACAGAGGUGCCUUGCAAGAAUGUGCAACAAACUCUGGCCAGAGUGGAAAAGAGACAGAGAGAGCGGGAUAUACUGAAGUUGGAGAGAUUACACAGGAAGAACCACUGAAGUAUGCACAUUCUGAUGUAACUUUAAGUGCACAGUGUUUUUUUCUGAAUCCAAUAAAUUGAAAAUAUUUUCUUUCGAACCACAUCUGUUUGGGAGUCAGUGGAUUUGUCAGUUCUUCCUGUUGUCACUUGUACAUCCCACCUGAAGCAAAAUACCCAGUGGGCACACUUUACAACCAACUGAUCACUGUUACAAGCAGGUAAAGAUGUCUUUCUCAUGAUGAGAUCAAGACAUUGUGGGGAUUCCAUCAUAUUUUCAUUUGGUCAGAUAACCAGGUUACAACAAGAUAAAGAUACAUGUUUCUGGUUGCUAAACAGCGAUACAAAAACGUUCUAAUACAACUAGUAUUCAACUUGACCAUGAUUUCAUAAAAGACGUCAUAAUGAUGUUGUUGCAACCAGUUUAGCCCGCUGGGUAUAAUUAAUAACAACACCAUAGAUACUGCAGGCAUUUCAAGACGUUCUACUCUUUCCCAUCUACAUGAGAGUGCUUAUAUGGCUCUAGGCAGUGGCAUUAUGCACCAAUUGUUUUAAGAGGUCACUAAUGGUAUCAAUUCUGUAUUUGUAUUGUAUAGUUUUAUAAUAAAUAUUGAUCAAAUUGUAGGGGAACGAGCGCCCUUCAGUUUCAAUAGGUGUGGCACAUCUUGGCUCUAUGGCCCAUUAUUUAACAAAACAUUUUGAAAAACAUUUGGGCUAUUGGGCAACCUUUCAACUAAUAAUCAAAUAAAUCAGUUUGAUGACAAAGAAUAUUUGGCAUGGCAACUUGGCA